UCCCCGACAUGGCGCCGUGGCUACUGCUCCUGGCUGCCGCAUGCUGCCCGCUGGGCCUCGCCACCCAGCCACAGCUCUACUGCUACCACGACAGCCAGGCCUACUGGAGGAGAGGGAGCGCGCAGUUCAGGAUCCGUGACCUGGAGGAGAGCCUGGAGUACUGCGACAAGCUGGUGUAUGGCUUCGCUGUCGUCGAUCCCACCAGCUUCCAGGUGAAGCCCCUGGACAGCUUCCUGGACUCUGACGAGGGUCGGCAACACUAUCGCCACGUGACCAACCUCAAGAGGCCCUUCCCGGAGCUACAGGUGCUGCUGUCUAUCGGCGGGAGGGCGGACACGCAGCAGAGCAGCAAGUACCUCACCCUGCUGGAGAGCGCCGAGAACAGGACAGCGUUCAUCAGCUCGGCGCGUGCCAUGGUCAGAAGGUACGGCUUCGAUGGCGUGGAGCUGGCCUGGCCGUUCCCUGAGCUGCCGCCCUCACGUCGGGCGGGCUUCCUGGGUCGCUUCUGGGAGUCGCUGAAGGACUACCUGAGCGGGCGCUCCAAGGCUCGCCGCCAGAAGGAACUCCAGCACAGGAAUGGCUUCUCUGCGCUCGUCAGAGACUUGAAGGCGGUGUUGCAGCAAGACGACAUGCUCCUCACCGCCGUCGCCUAUCCUCUCGUCAACAACACCGCAUACUUCGACAUUGGCGAGGUGAUGCGGCACCUGGACGCUGUGGUGCUCAGGGCCUUCGACUUCACGACGCCCGACAGGAACCAUACGGCGGCCGACCUGACAGCGCCGCUGAACGCCACGGAGCACCCCGGCGUGCCGAUGUCUGUCGUGGGCAUGGUGCAGGAGUGGCUGAAGCACGGCGCCCCAGCCAGCAAGCUGGUGCUGGGAGUGCCGAGCUACGGCCGCACAUGGCAGGUGCUGGAGGCACCCGGGAACAAGUCGUUGCCGCUGGCCGCAGACGGUCCGGGCGAGGCCGGGCCCCUCACCAGGACACCAGGGCUGCUCGCAUUCACCGAGGUGUGCGGGAACCUGACCGACGGCUCGUGCCGCAUGACGCCCGUAAUGUCCCAGACGCAACGCGACACUCAGGUCGGCCUGCGUGCCUACUGCCGGGCCACCCGUACCUGGGUGGCGCUGGACGACCCCGAGAUGGCCGCUGCCAAGGCGCGGUACGCGCGUGACGCGUGCUUGGGCGGGCUGCAGCUCGUCGACCUGUCACUGGACGACUUCGCGGGCCGCUGCGGCCUGGGCGCCUACCCGGUGCUGAGCGAGGCUCGCUGUGCCCUGCGUGGCGACUGCUGACCUCCUGACUUGGGGUGGUCAAGACUACAACAGCUGUCUGCCUUGUGCUGCAACCAUGUGUUUAUACUCUUCUCUUGUUAUAGACUCUAUAUUACCUCAUGUCUAUUCCAUUCAUUGUUAUUAUAACAUCCUUUUCACAAAA